AUGGCGGCGAUCUUUGUCACUGUGGGAAGCACCCAAUUUAGUCGUCUCGUAGGAGCCAUUCUGUCGAAAGACUGUCUCGAACUUAUUGCCAAGAGCGGUCGAGAAAGCAGCGACCAGACACCAAAGAUUACGAUUCAGUAUGGCAGCACGCCGAUCGCUGACGUCUUGACAAGCUCGAGUGCGUUGCUAGCUUCGAUAACUGCGCAACAGGAGGAUCUCCUGGCGGGGAAGAAUCUCGUCCAAAAGAUCAUGUACCAGAGAAGAGCUCGAGACGUCUACGAGGAGGGCACGAUGAAGAUGAGUCUUGCGACUGCGAAUUCCGUGGCGAACGGUGGCGGCUCGAUGACAGGAUCAGGCACUCUGGGCGAGGAUCACGGUGAAAAGAUUGGAUCUGUUUGUCUUCGGGUUGCGACGCAUCAAGGACAAGUCGAUCUGGAGCUCGUCGACUACGUUGCAGACGUCAGACCUUUCAUGCGAGCGGCAGACUUUGUUCUCACCCAUGCAGGCUCUGGCACAAUCCUCGAAGCUCUUCGCCUUCCCAAAGAGGAGCGGCCCAUUGUGGUCGUCGUCCCAAACGAAACGUUGAUGGAUAACCAUCAGGUCGAGCUGGCGGAAGCACUAGCCAGCCAACGCUACGUCUUUCUCGUCCGUCUGAAAUCUCCAGAACACGAAAGUGAUGGAACCGAGGCACAUACGCAAAGCAACGGCCUCCUCAGGUUGCUGAGCGAUCUGCUGUCAUCGUCUUCGUCUUCUCCUUCGGCAAGUCUGGUCGACUUUCCUCCUUUCAAACCAGAACGCUUCCGGGCUAUCGUCGACCACGAAUUGGGGUACGCCGUCUGA